UUUUUUUGGGCAAUGGCGUUGUGACAAUACAAAUUCGAGUAUAUUUUUUUUCGCAGCGCGCCAAAACACGGGCAUAUAUCCUUCGACCCGAAGAUUCUUCUUUCCAACGGCGGCGUGCGCAGCAUGCAGAAUCACGCGACGGAUCUAAAGGCACCGCUGUACGACCCUCCGCAUGGAGAGAAUGCGGCAUCGUCGUUCCAUACAUCAGCACCACACCCGGGCUCGACACACGCCCCCUACAACCCCGUCGGGUGGUGGCACAGGUUUGCAAUGGACCUGUCGCGGAUGUGAUGCAACCUCACACCAUGUCGACGUAGCGUUAUGGGGUGGGAUACCCACACGCUCUUGCGCUAUAUGCGGUACAUCAACGUUAUCUUGGCGCUAUUCCAAGCCCUGACGGGAUUCUUCGGACUCUUUGACCUCGCCAUGCUCAACAUUACGAGUUUCCUCAUUGCUGUCUACGUCAUAAUCUUCGCGCUGCUCUUGCUCGCGUUUGAAUGCCGCUUCACGUCCAUGGAGCCGACCAUUCGACAACUCUUUGGGUUUCUCUUCACCUACCGCGGCCGCACCGCGUUCAUCUUCUUCGUUGGGUUCAUGAACUUUGGCAUGCGAGAUGCGAUGGCCAAGCUUGCAGGAGUGCUCAUGUGCACGAACGCGCUCUUAAACUUGUCCGUGAUGACUUGCCACCCGUCGUUCCGCAGCGGCGCGCUGCGUGCCGACAUGGACCCCACCACAGGAUACACUGCGGGCGAAGACGUACGAGCAGACACGAUGUCGAUGCAUAUCGUGAUGCGAACGCUAGGAAACUGCCCAAAUGCUCAAGGCGAACUCGCAUCUGGCCGCCCAAGCGGGCACAUACGCAUUCUCGCAUCUGUCCCCUGAGGUCGCCACGCAGAUCGUUCGCCAGGUCGUCGUCACAUCUCCCCAAGGCGGCGGAAGCUACGUUCCUCCGACUCCCACUUCGUAACAUGGCGUUUUCGGGCUUUCUUCAUCCCAUUGGCUAUAAUUCGUAAUAUAUAACUCUAUUUCAAC